UCUCGACGACACUUUCAAGUAACAAACCAAAUUAAUUGCUAGCCAGAGUUCUGUACAAAACCUAGCGAGUAUGUCCUGGAGGAAUUCUGGUAGCAAGGGGGAUCAUCAAGACAGAGAUAAGACAGGGAGAAAGGACGACGACUUCGUCAUGGUCGACGAGAGGUCCCUGCGUGGAUUUGACGGCGAACACGCUGCGGCAGACAGCCCCACUACGGAUGGAUCACUGUGGGCCAGCAUAAAGUCCAUGAGAAGUUCGCCCUUGACUUACAUCAAAUCUAAGUAUAGUCGAGAGAAGUCUACGCUGAAGGAACAGACAGAACCUGAGGUCACUAGAUCGUUCAGUGCGCCGAAGUCAGCGCAGAUACUUCAAGAGCUCCAGAGCGCUAUGAUGCAGUAUGAUGACCAGCCGACCGAGAGCGUCGUUCCACCGGAAAAACAGGGAUAUUUCCUAGGCCAGAGCCCAGAGCCCCGUUCAAGAUGGCCUGCAGGACAUCCUCGUGUAGCCGGUUCUAGAGCAAGACUCAGUCAACCGGCCUUCAGUUACCGUUAUGAGAGCAGGCGUGAGUCAGGAGAAGCGCAGCUUAACACACCGCUACAUCCCUGCCUCAGGCCUGUGACCCCCGAAUUUCAUCCUCAUGACCAGUCUAACGAUCCUGAGGGCGUGAAAGUCAAAGAGUUUCCCCCUGGCACUUUGAGUAUGGCUGCACAUGUCAAUCAACAGAGUGGAACCAACGACAACCCCUCUACAGCUCAUGACGGGAACAAAGAGAAUGAUGAUCAGGAGCUCGAAAGGUGGCUGUCUGAAGACAAACUCACUCAGGCGGGAGCGGCACCAGGAGUAGAUUCUUCGCCUCCCAUUACCUUGCUUAGGUAUGCGGGCAAAAGUUCUGAAGAUAGUGACUCUAUGUCGUUCCUUGACCAUGUGAUUGCAAGGAAAUUGCAAAAUAGAGGCACUCCGAGCGACGAAACUGCAGACUCAGCGGACGAAUCUGAUGAGUCCGAAUCCAGCUGCGGCAGCGCUAGUGCGAGUAUGGAACAAGACGAAUCACUAGGUAGUUCGCCGGAGACGAAGGUGGUGGAACCGCCACCGCCGUCACCAUGCACCAGCCAGGGUACGUCGGCAUCAGAUAGAACGGAUGCUAUCGCCGUUGAACAAACUUUUCAGGAUUCCGGCCUUGCAUCGGAUUGGAGCGACAACGAGGAUGCACCCGAACUGCCAGACUCUGAAUGUGAAUCCGGCUGCAGCGAGCUUGACACCACUACAGAGAGUGUUCCAGUGGCUUGUGAUGGUGCAGUCGCUUGUCAAAAUCCAGGAUGCAAGGCUGCCCCGACAACCGCCAACUCGAAGCUGGGAGUCGGCCCGACUUUCCAGUCAACAGCUAAACAACCAGAUGAGGAUGCAUCAUUUAUACAAUUGUCUGCACCAGGAGGGCGAGCGAGAAAGGCAGUCGCUGAGGCAGUUUCUGUAGCCGAAAGUUUGGAACGUGAAACUAAUCAAGCUCUCUUAGCGAAAAGUGCAACAGUUGAAGAGCUGCUGCACACACAAGGCCACUCCCAAGAUAUAGCGAAGGAAAACAUUGCUAGUAAACCGAUGGACAAUUCUGUUAGCCAGGCGAGUUGUUCCAAAAGCCAGACACAAGGACGAGAAACUUCCAACUUGAGUCUUAGACGAGAAGGAAACGUUGACAUUGCGUAUCGUUCAAGUCCUCAGUACCCUGUGUCUGAUUCAGCAUACGCCAACGCAACAUCUAUUCCUGGCACUUCCUCACGCAAAUCUCAGCUUUCCAACGAUGGAGCACACAAUAAAGUUAUGUCGGAUCGGAGACAGGGGUGCGCCAAAGUGUCUCAUCGGCUGAAUGACCGAGACAAAGUGGACAAAGUACGACAGAGAACACUUCCAUCAAUCCAAUAUCGCCAAUCUGCCGAACAUGACCCUGCCGGCGAUACCUCCCAUCCUGUCAUAUACAAACCACCUUUAACACUACGCGAGCGGCCACAUGGGCCGUAUUAUCAAGACGCGCGCCAACAACUGGUGAAGAAAACUGCGCAGGCAGCUACAGGAGACGCCGCCAAGUCAUCCAAAUUUCCUGGGAGGACAGGCAUUGCAAGUGCCAUUAGUCCGAAUACAGCUGCGGUGAGCAAUGUGUUUGAACAGCCUCAUGGCAGCCAUCAGAUUGGGGCAAUCUCACACACGAUGAAUGCAUCCAGUAGCAAUGCAGACCAACUGUCAUUUCGCAAGAGAUCCACAGUUCCAGGCUUUCCCGCAACGCCUGCUAGACGAUCACCCCUGCCUUCUGACGUGGGUGUAUGUAUCCGAAUCUGCUGACAAAUGAUAUCUGUACGUUUCUCACCGUGAUGCUGGGCACUGUUAAAGUGCUGAGACUCAAAGCUCAGGAGCUCCGGAUACGCACAUGUAGUUGCAGGACACUUUCGGAACGCGCUGCCAUGUCGACCCGUUCCGUCUUUGGGUAGUAACAGUACAAUCUAUACCUCAGCGAAGACUUGGUGUGGUUAUGCCUUUGGAAAACAAACAAUAUUAUGGACUCGGAUGGAGAGGCAAGGAAAAAUGUAUCGAACAGAAAAGGCCAGUUAGGUGGAGAACGUCAGUACCAUCAGUCAGUGUCGUGCAAUGUUAUCGCAUGAGCUAAUGGUUCAGUAGCUGCUGGUGGACUUGUGGACCUUAUAGCGUAACUUGUAGUUCUUUGGUCUUUUCUUUUCUAUAAACAUGAAUAUGCAUGUAUUUUUUGUAUUGUAUUUUAUUAUUUUACUUGGGCAUUCCCAACAGACCCUAAGGUCUUCUUACAGGGUGCCCAAGAUGAACGAAUUUGUCAAGUCCCUGGCGAAAUGAAUUGGGGAUAACACGUCGUCAUUGUUACUUGUAAUGGCGAUCGAUUUGCACUGUGUGGCAGAAUCCUAUCACUAUUCAUUCUCAGAGGAUAUCCUGACCUGUGAUGGUUAAAUUGUUAUGAUUGUACUACUCAGCUGUCUAGAGGCGUGGAGCAAUAUUAUCUCUCAACGGAAGUGUCCUUGCUGGUGUCUGUAUGGUUCGGCUGAAGAGCGCGUGGUUGUGAUGAGUUGGGAAUGAAUUGAUUGUGCUACUUGCCAAUAAAAAUGAACAGUACGCUGAGGCUAGUCCGACUCACUAACAGUAGUAAUAAUUAUUUCGUCACAUAAACCAUUAAUUUACCCUCUAGCUUCCCGGGGUUUUCAUUCCUUUCGAAUCUUUUUUUUCUCGUUCUGUGAUACACAAGUAGUCGCAUGGUAUAAGUAAGCACUGUGCGCCGUCUUGUAACAUGCUGGUAACCUGUACAUAACGAUACUAAUGUUUUGCAAUGUACUUGGGCAAGAGUAACAUGGAAAUCACAUUUUGUCUGAACUACUGCAGAAGUCGACUCGUAUUCAAACCGUUCCUGCUGACUCACUGCUAGUUUGU